AUGAUACUCAACUCGUUAUUUACCGUCUCUUGCGCUUUGGGCGUCUUGUGUUCUGUUAAAACAGAUACUGCUUCUUUGCGAGCCAAGUUCUCCAAGUUAGGAAUCGACGCUGUCUUUCCAGGAGAUUUGUCUUACGAAAAACUCGCUACACCAUUCAACAAACGUCUGACUUAUAUCCCAGCUGCCAUCGUCUACCCCAAUAGCACUGAAGCUGUCUCAGAGUCUGUUAAAGUAGCUGUCGAUGAAAAGCUUUCCGUCUCACCUCGCUCCGGCGGACAUUCAUACGGCUCUUAUGGCUUAGGAGGGGCCAAUGGCGCCUUAGUUGUCGAUCUUUCGCGGCUCAAGACAGUCUCCGUCGAUCAGUCUUCAGGACAAGCUGUUAUUGGAAGCGGAAACAGACUAGGUGAUUUGGCUAUAGGGUUGCAUUCUCAAGGCGGGAGGGCGAUACCGCACGGUGAGUGUGGGUACAUUGGUAUUGGGGGCCACGCGGCAUUUGGGGGCUUCGGUCUCACGAGUCGGAUGUGGGGCUUGACCUUGGACAACAUUAUCAGCCAAGAGGUGGUACUUGCAAACGGUACGAUUGUUGAGGCAUCACAGAAAAGCAAUCCGGACUUAUAUUGGGCUCUGAGAGGUGCAGGAGCCUCGUAUGGUAUCAUGACAUCAAUGAAGUUUCAAACCCAUUCAGCUCCCAGUGAACCUAUCAAUUUUGAAAUCCAAUGGGAUUUUGACCAUAAUGACUUUGCAAACGCGCUAAUGAAUUUUCAAGUAUUUUGUCGGUCCAAUUUACCCGCCGAACUUGGAGUGGAAGCCAAUCUGGGACAAGGGAGCCAACCUGGACGCCUGAAUUUUGCCUUAUCUGGGGCCUGGUACGGUGAUAGCUCCAAGUUCCCAGCCGUCAUCCAGCAGUUUUUGGAUGAAAUGCCAGUACCGAGCAAGAGGAUCGUAAAGAAAACUGAUUGGCUUACCAGCUUGCAAGGUUUAGCUGGUUUCCAAGCGUCUCCGACUUCGGCGGAGCAUGAUACCUUCUAUGCGAAGUCUUUGACCACCCCACAAUCGGUACCCAUGUCGAAAUCUUCCAUUCAAGCUUUCUCCAAAUAUCUCUCGUCAGAAGGAUGGAAAACAGACACGAAUUGGUUUGUCCAGUUCAAGCUCUACGGUGGUCAGAAUUCCGCCGUCACUUCCGUUGCAAAGGAUGCAACGGCUUUUGCUCAGCGGUCCAUUCUAUGGACCAUCCAAUUCUACGCCUCAUCCAGCAACUUUGCACCACCAUUCCCAGAUGCAGGAUUCAAAUUCUUAGACCAAAUGGUUUCAAGUAUUUUGAAGAAUAAUCCUUCUGGAUGGAGAUACGGCUCCUAUGCUAACUACGUCGAUGAUCGCUUAUCUUCGGCUGAGUGGAAAACUCUUUAUUACAAUACACAAUGUCAAAAUUAUUGUCCUAGCUAUCAACGCUUGGCGCAAAUCAAGUCCGAUUAUGACACUCAAAAUGUGUUUGCGUAUCCUCAGAGCAUAAAAAAGACCAGCGCAACUGGCACAAAUGAAAAAUUUGAGGCUUUCGAUAAAGGCGAGAACUUUUCUCCAGUGAAAAGCAAUGGCAGUUCCAUCCGAACCAGCACUUCACAAGAGUUGCUAUUCCCCUUCUUUUAUGCCAUGCCUGCUGAUGGCUCUCAGUCUCUAUCAUAG